GGUGAGGGGGGGAGGGAACUACACCAAGAAGAGUAAGGGCUACACCGACGUGGUCCGCAUCCCCGCCGGCUCCACCCACAUCAAGGUGCGGCAGCACAAGCCGCGCGACCAGCCGCGCUUCACGGCCUACCUGGCGCUCCGGCGGCCCGGCGGCGGCGACUACCUCCUCAACGGCAAGUUCAUGAUCUCCACCUCGGAGACGGUGGUGGCGCUCAACGGCUCGGUGCUCAACUACAGCGGCUGGAGCCAGCGGGACGAGUGGCUGCACAGCAUGGGCCCCGGGGCCCUGCGCGAGGCCCUGCUGGUGCAGAUCCUGGCCACCGACGGCAAGAGGAGCCUGGACGUGCGCUACAGCUUCUACACGCCGCGGCGAGGGGGCGGCGUGGCCGGCGCCGGCGGGGGGGGCGGGGCCAACGGGGGGGCGAGGGCGCACCCGGGGCCGCCGGCGCCCGGUCCAACGUGUUGGUCGUGGGUACGGCGGCGGCGGCGGCGGUUACCACGACGACCGCCAGAACCACGCCGAGAACACCGCCACCACCACAACAGUACAACCAGUACAACCACCGGCAGAACCAGUACCACCAAACCCACCGCCCCCAGGACCACUACCCCAGGACCAGUACCACCAGGACCACUAGCCCCAGAACCAGCACCACCAGUACCGCCGGCACCACCGCCAGGACGUCCGCCGGCCACGCCCCCACGGGGAUGGCGGCGGACCAGCCCGGCGCGGGGGGGGAGGCCCCCACGCCGGGCCCCCCCCCCCCCCACGACGGGCCCCUGGCCCCGCUGGGUGACGGGCUCCUGGAUGAGCUGCUCCCGGACUUGCUCCACGGGCUGGCAGAGCCGCACGGUGCAGUGCAAGGGCCGCCUCGGCAAGCUGGCCAAGGGCUGCGCCCUGGGGGCCCGGCCCUCGGCCUUCAAACACUGCAUGGUGAGGAGGUGCUGAGGAGGAGGAGGAGGAGGAGGUGGAGGUCCCCCCGUCCCCCGUCCCCCCCUGGUGGGGACAGGAAGCAGUCACAGACGUGUGGCGCGUUACUGCGGGGUGGGAGUGUUUGGUGGGGGGGGGGGGGGGGGGGGCGUUGAACCAGGGACCUGGAAGAGGAUUGUUGUGUGCGCCGAAGGGGCUGGACUAACACACACACACAAACACACACACACAUACACACACACGUACACACACACACACACGUGAGAUGGCUCGGCUGGCCCUGCAUGCAGCCAAGUACGCCAUCGGAGAAACCUCUCGGGUUCCGUGUUUCUUCUUAAGCAAAGGCCGGUCGUACGUGUGCAUGUAUAAAACAUAUAUAUAUGUAUCCACGUAUAAAUGGCAAUGGUGCGGACGGUUGCAGACCAUUGCUGCCAAUGUAGCCAAGGACUUGACGUUGCAUGACCCCAACAUGUCUGGUCAGAGCCUUUGGGUCGGCCCCCAAAAGUGUCCGUGUGUGUUCCUGUGUAACGGCAUGGACUGUUGUGUUGUGCUGUGUGUUCUCGUUAUGUUCGUCCACGCGUCGUUCGUCACUGGCGUGGUUGCCAAGGCAACCACGCCACCCCCCCACCCCCUCUUGUAUCCUAUGUUGUCCGUGACAAGAACCCGAAAACCAAUGGGAAGCAGUGUUUCUGUUUUCGUUGCGUCCGGGUUUAAAUCAACCAAUCACGUCUCUGGUGUCACUAACCCGUGACGUAUGGCCCCUCCCACAGCGUUUCAUUGGUCGGAGCUGCUGUCAGGUAUAGAGAUCAGAGACGGCCGAUUAAGCAAGAAACUGAACUCAUGGGGAUUACCCAGAAGUCAUUGCAAAGUACAGUGUGGAGUAAUAUAAGUUGGGUACCGUGGCCUUUUAAAGACAAACCUUGCAACUAUGAGAUUGAUAAAAGGCGCAAUUUGACUUUGAAUUUGACAAUGACACUCUUAAAACUUAACGCUGGGUUAAACGACGUCCCUGCAUGAACAUGGAUUUGGGAAAUGCUUUGUAUUAUUUUGUUCAGUGUGCAUAUGUGUGCACGUGUAUUUUCUGAUAAAGUUUGUGGUCAGUUGAUGUGCACAACAUCUGAUUGCUCUCACACAUUGUGUGUGUCUGUCUGUCUGUCUGUCUGUCUGUCUGUCUGUCUGUCUGUCUGUCUGUCUGUCUGUCUGUCUGUCUGUCUGUCUGUCUGUCUGUCUGUCUGUCUGUCUGUCUGUGUGUGUGUGUGUGUGUGUGUGUGUGAGUGUGUGGACAUUACAAAUCGUGCUUGUGUGGAAGUCUUUCUGUCUCUAACCUCUAUCUGUGAGCACAUGGUUCAAACUCGUGGGCCUUCAACUAUGUUCAUCCCGCACAUGCUCCUGUGUUUACGUGUCAGACAUCACCCACAGCUGCAUUCUUGAGGCAAAGAACGAAGCCAGCAUAAUUUGGUUGUUUUUCACUAUUGUUUUGCUUAUCGGAAGUAAGCAACCGCAAAUAGAUUAGUGGAAAUACAUUGCGCCGAAGACAUCCGUUGUCAAAUGAUUUUUCGGAAGUCGCUGAGUUUUCAGAACGACCAACCGAUCUGAUCCGCAUAAUCAAAUUUAGUUCUGCAAUUGUACGUACAUUCCGAAAAAAAAUAAAAUGAUUGCGCUAAGCUACAGCGAGUCAACAAUGUUAGCUUUAGAUUCCGAGAAAACCUUGCACUCAAAUCGAUUUUGAGGACAAUCGUCAGACUCCAUCCUCGGAUAUUAAACGACGCAAGUCUGCAAAGCUGAAAAAACGGAAAACACUGAAAUAUGCUGGCCUUGCCCUUUGACCUUUCAUGGUUUCACUCGUUACACUGGUGCUGGUGGGUUAAUUUCCUGUGAUGUCUGUCCUCAUUUGUUUAUAUGUUUUCGUCUUCCUCAGUUGUUUCCGUUUUAUCGAUGAAGGUAAUCGAUGAAUAAGUGUCUGGGGUUUGGUUGGUCAACCCAAACAUAUUAACUGACGAUCGGGUUAUGUACUAGUCCUCUUUCACACACAUCUUUUUGUAACGGCUGAAAUUAUUUUUCUAAAUAAGAGUGCAAUAUAAUUCUCACUAAACAGUGAAAAUAAAGGUCCCCCUUAUUUUGAAAACUUGCCUGCAAAGGAAAACAAAACAUUCUGUGUGCGAGUGUAAGAGAUGUCGUUGUCAAUGGCGAUAAAUGAAUUGGCCACUCAGAUUCAUCUCUAAUACUUUUUCUUGUCUUGUCUCUUUAUCCCUCAGUCAACAAAUUAGAUGAUUCCUUUCUCCUCCACCUAUCUUAGAUAGGUUCAACGUACCACUGGAACAAAGGAAGAGAAAAACAAACAAAUGGUAAAGGGUUUAACUAACAGUCAGCAUAUAACUAGCUUAAUGCUACGUAUGCCCUGUCUCAUGUUUCCCAGAUAGCUAGGAUGAGUGACGUUCAGACAUUCAAAGCUGCUUAAAACUUUAUCGAUACUUGGUCAAACAUUACAUCGACCCAGAGCCAAACCAUUUGGCACCUAUGCAACAUUUCUUUAUUUUUAUUACUUCAGAGGAGAAAUGUUGUCAAUGUUCCGAACAUUUCACCCUUUCCCUCACACUGGCCCACUGAGAUUAAUGAAGAAUCGACCACGAAAAUAUAUUUUAUUAUGAAAAACGUAGAUUUUGCAUGUAUGUGUCAGUAUUCAACCGUACAUACACAUGCAAACACAAUUGUACUCAAAGUUUUAGCCUACACUUUACCAAAAACAUAUGUAGGCCUACCCACUCACACACACACACACACGCACAAACUCACACACAAACACACAUAGAUUACAGCCUCAGGUUUUAACAAACACGACUUUUACUCAGUCACAAAUAGAACGAGCGAACGAAUGUCGGAGGGCCGAUAACCUCUCUUCGGGACUUUCAUUUCCGAAUUGUAUACUUUAUCUCACAAACACGCACACACAUCCGGGAAAAAACACGACAUGUUUAAUGACUCUUAUCAUCAGAAAACAUCGACGGAAAAACACCGCACUGAACAUGUAAUUUAUUGUCUGUACAACCGUCACGUGUGAAUCUGAAAACGAAACAACAAAAGGCGAUGUUUAUUUAUUUUCUAUCAAAUUACUAUUUAACAUAAGAUGAUUAUGUUAAGUGAGAAAAAUAUGAUUGUUGCGGAAUGAUCCCUUUGUAAGAACAUGUUUCGGUUUGUUUUUAGUUUUCUAGUGUUCCACAUCAAUAUAUGUACAUAAAAAUAUAUGUAUUUAAAUU